AUGAGAUUUUGGAAAUUGUUCUCGCCGAACUCUGUGAAAUGUGCUAAGGAAUGUUGGAGUAAUGGCAUCGGCAUGCAAGAGCCAGUUCAAGAGGUUGAUGUGGAACGAAUAAUUUCUCGACGAGAAAGGAGAUACGACGAUAAGCGAUUCAAUGAAUCAGAUGAAUAUUUAAAUCCGAAGCCAAUCGAACACAUCAGCAAUGAAAUUGCAACAGUUUUAGCCAUUGACCAACUUCUUGAUAAUUCAUUCCUCAUUUCUGAUCAAGAACUUGAAUAUUUUGUUCCAUCAAAUAAUCAGAAUCUUAAAAUUAUAUCGGCUAACAGAGACCAUUGGAAAACAACAACAGGUGAAUACUGCCCGCUUGGAUGGCGAGUUAAACGAAGUUCCGAAGACGGUUCACCUUUACUAUGUGAUCCAAUUAAUCGCUCAAAAAAAUGCCCAAAACCAUACCUUUGCAUCUCUUCUCAAUGCAAAUUAAAUUUUUGUUGCGCUAGUCAAAAAAUACUCGACAAACUAACCAUUGAAAACGAAUUUCUGGAAGAGGAUUCGGAUGCUGAGCUGUGA